AUGACACAAGACUACGACAAUAAAAGACCCGUGUUGGUUCUUCAGAAUGACUCUCUCUACUCUCAGAGACGUCCUUACACCAGUGAAGAUGAGGCCUGGAAAACCUUUCUUGAAAAUCCCCUUACAGCAGCUACCAAAGCUAUGAUGAGCAUCAAUGGUGAUGAAGACAGUGCAGCUGCCCUUGGACUGCUCUAUGAUUACUACAAGGUUCCAAGGGAGAGGAGAUCUUCGACAGCUAAACCAGAGGUAGAACAUCCUGACCAAGACCAUAGCAAAAGGAACAGCAUCCCAAAUGUGACAGAACAGUCACUCAUUUCUGCUGGAGAAAACAGAGUCCAAGUUCUGAAAAAUGUGCCUUUCAAUAUUGUCCUUCCACACACGCCCCAGAUGGGCAUGGACAAGAGAGGCCACCUUACAACCCCUGACACAACAGUCACCGUUUCAAUUGCCACGAUGCCCACCCAUUCCAUCAAAACGGAGACGCAGCCCCAUGGCUUUGCAGUGGGCAUCCCACCAAGUGUCUACCACCCUGAGCCCCCUGAGCGGGUGGUGGUCUUCGACAGGAACCUCAAUCCCGACCAGUUCAGUUCCAACACCCAGCCUCAAAACUCCCAGAGGCGAACGCCAGACUCCACCUUCUCGGAGACUUUCAAGGAGGGCGUGCAAGAGGUUUUCUUUCCUACUGAAUUGAAUCUCCGGAUGGCCAACAUGAAUUCAGAAGAUUAUGUGUUUGACAGCAUUUCUGGGAAUAACUUUGAAUACACUCUGGAAGCCUCCAAGUCCCUCCGACAGAAGCCUGGGGACAGCACGAUGACUUACCUGAAUAAAGGUCAAUUUUACCCGAUCACACUGAAAGAAGUCAGCAGUAGUGAAGGAAUCCAUCACCCCAUCAGUAAAGUCCGAAGUGUCAUCAUGGUCGUGUUUGCUGAAGACAAAACAAGAGAAGAUCAGCUCAGGCACUGGAAAUACUGGCACUCAAGACAGCAUACAGCCAAACAAAGAUGCAUUGACAUAGCUGACUACAAGGAGAGCUUCAAUACCAUCAGUAACAUUGAGGAGAUCGCGUACAAUGCCAUAUCCUUCACUUGGGACAUCAAUGAGGAAGCAAAGGUUUUCAUUUCUGUGAACUGCCUCAGCACAGAUUUCUCCUCUCAGAAGGGAGUUAAAGGCCUGCCCCUGAAUCUUCAGAUCGACACCUACAGCUACAAUAACAGGAGUAACAAACCUGUCCACAGAGCCUACUGCCAGAUUAAAGUCUUCUGUGACAAGGGAGCAGAGAGGAAGAUCAGGGAUGAAGAGCGAAAGCAAAGCAAAAGAAAAGUUUCUGAUGUCAAAGUGCCCAUGCUUCCCUCACACAAGCGUACGGACAUCACCAUCUUCAAGCCCUUCAUGGAUCUAGACACUCAGCCUGUCCUUUUCAUUCCUGACGUUCACUUUGCAAAUCUUCAGCGUGGGGCUCAUGUCCUUCCUGUUACUUCAGAAGAACUGGAGGGCGAAAGCUCCAACCUGAAAAGAGGAGCCUAUAUCGGUGAAGAGGACUUUAUUGCUACUCCAAAUAAGAUGGGCAGAAUAGAAGAACCAAAAAGAGUGUUGCUGUAUGUCCGAAAAGAGUCAGAGGAGGUCUUUGAUGCACUAAUGUUAAAGACACCGUCUCUGAAAGGUCUAAUGGAAGCAAUAUCUGACAAGUAUGACGUUCCUUUUGAUAAAAUAGGAAAAAUCUUCAAAAAAUGUAAAAAAGGAAUUCUGGUCAACAUGGAUGAUAACAUCGUGAAACACUAUUCUAAUGAAGAUACCUUCCAGUUGCAGAUUGAAGAAGUUGGAGGAUCUUACAAGCUCACUCUGACUGAGAUCUAA